GAGAGGCGAUGUCAGCGCGCGGAGAUCCACGCGAGAAACUGAACAUUGAAAACUCCUCCCUCCCUCUCUGCCUCUUCCCUCCUUCCACCGGGCCGGACCUGACGACGACGACGACGAUGCUAUCUGUAAUAAUGAGGGGGAAAUGGUUAACAACUGGUUACCAUAUCUGGCUCACAGUUCUGAGGACCCGUAUUCAAAUCCCGGCCUCACCGGGAGCCUGCGUGGGUUUUUCUCCAGGUGCUGCAGUUUCUUCCCGUACCCCAUCCCAUGUUCCCUUGGCGAUCGUUGGUGGGCGGAGCCAUCUGAGACACACCUGGAAGGCAUUGAUUGCAGUCUGUGGUGUUUCAAGGCCAGCAGCGGCAGAAAGGUGUUGUCACAUUAUUGUUUCUGGCCUUUUUUUGUUUUUUGUCCACGGUGCAGUGCAGAUGGCACAGCAUCUUCCCAAUGGCGACUGUCCCAGUGUGACAUCUGCUGAUGACGUUGCAGGCAAUAUGGCUACCACUUCGAUGUCGAAUGACACACCAAGUACUCUCCUGCCUGUCUCUCUGAUCACCUUGGCUGUCGUCGUCCAGUCUUCCGGGAGCUUCGGUUGUCCAUCGAGAGCCUGUCUCACCUCUUUCCGGAAGGCCGCACAACAUUCUCCCUUUUAUAUUUAUUUUUGAUUACAAUAUCUAUUUUGCAAUGUAUUUAGGGUUGUCAGUGGGGCUUUAAACCACAAUUCUAAUGAAAUUGGUAUGUGGAAAACAGAAAUAAACACAGAACAGAAACUAAAAACACAUUUCCAAAAUCCUUUUCACCCAAUAUGCAAAUGAAUACACAACAAAGACAAGAUAUUGAAUGUUCAAACUGAUGAAUGUUAUUGGUUUUUUUUUUUUUUUGUUUCUCAUUUUAAAUGUGAUUCCUGCAACACAUUUAAAAAAAAAAAAGCCGGCA